AUGGGGGGCGGGUCUCUUGCCAACGCCAUCAAGCGAAAAACACACAAAGAGAGAGGGCAGCCAGCCGCCCGUUCGAAAUUCGGGCUCCUUGAGAAGAAGAAGGACUACAAGGAACGUGCCCGCGACUUCCACCGCAAGGAGAAGGCCAUCAAGGCGCUGCAGCGCAAGGCGGAGGAGCGCAACCCGGAUGAGUUCUACUUUGCGAUGGAGUCGGCGCGCACGAAGGACGGCGUGCACGUGACCCCGACGGCGGAGGCGAACAAGUACAGCCAGAGCGAGCUGGCGCUGAUGAAAACGCAGGACGUGGCCUACCUGCGGGCCAAGGCCACGGCCGAGGCGAAGUCGAAGCACAAGGUCUUCCUCGACAGCGGCAAGGAGGCGCGGGAGUUUGACCCAGAGGAGUUCUUUGACUGCCCGAGGGAGCUGCUGGACCGUUCGUACAACCGCCCGCGGCGCGCGCAGCUCGAGAGCGCGGCGGCGGUCAGUGAGCCCGACACCAAGGCGGCGGCCAAGAUGGAGAGGCGCAAGCACGCAGCGUACAAGGAGCUGGCGCAGCGCGUGGAGCGCCACGCAUCGCUCGACAAGCUGGCGCAGAAGAUGGACGCUGAGAAGGCGGUGAUGACGGGCCGCGGGCGCAAGCGCAAGCUGUCGAGCGCGACGGCCGACGCGCCGGCGGUGUUCCGGUGGAAGCGGGAGCGCAAGCGCUAG